AUGUCUUCUGGUAAUCUUCACAUUAGCACCCAGUUUACUGAGGAUGUUAUUGCAAGAACACCAUCUAAAUGCGAGCGUCCUAGCUGUCAGGCCAUUAUUCAAGUUGGAGACCAGCGCAUCUAUUUGGCCUCUCAGAAUCCAAAUGUUUCUGGCAAAUAUGUGUGUAAAGCUUGCUUUGACCACUAUGCUAGAAAAAGUGUCACUUUGGCCCGUGUAGUGCAUGAGGAUUCCGCAUCAUCAACCUCAAUUCAAACGAAACAGAGAGAGGAAAGCAAUGCUGUUGCAUCUGCCAAACUCACUCCCGUUUCUGCAAGACUUAUUAACAUAUCAGAUGUUCAACAAAUGAUUAAUGAAGGGCAGCGUAAAGGAGCAAAUACACCUCAAGGCCGUGUUACUUCUAUGCCGCCUUCUUCUUCUUCCGUUGUUGGAGGGCCAAAUAUCCACAAUCCAUCUUAUUUCCAAAACUUUUUUAGUCACCAUUCUACACCAUCUAUUUCGGCUUCAGGAUACUCUGCUUCUCAUGCAUUAUAUGCUCAAGAGCACAAGCGUUGGUCAACUGCAGCUUAUAAAGGAUCUCUUGCUCCUGGACAAAUUCCUGUAAAUGCACAAACAAAGGCAAUGGUUCCCAUUGUUGCUGGUGUUGGGUAUGAGCUUCUUUUAGGGAAGACUGAACAAACGGGAAUUAAGGAAGGUAUCUCUGUGGACUAUGGUCUAACUCCGCAAGAACUUGCACAAGCAAUUCGGUCCUGUGUAAUCAAACCUCUGACCAAGCUUUUUCCUGGGUUUCCGUGGGACUUUUCCAAGUCCCGUGUCCGAGAAACAGCAAUUUGGCAAGAUAUUCUGGCAAAUAGGGAUCUAACUGAGCCUUAUUUCCAGGGUCGAUUUCUCAAAGCAAAAUCGGGAAAAUCUGCUGCUGGUACCUACACAUUUUCUCCCCCAAACAAACCGGUUUCCUUCAUAGUCAUUAUUGACCGAAAUCAAUGGAUUGAGGCAGAAAGAAUGACACAAGAUUCUGAUGCUGCAUAUGUCCCUGAACCUAAAAGGCUUAUUGAAUCCGUUGCUUCUGACUCUUCUGAGAAGCAUACACAUCAACAUGAUCAUGCGUUUCCACUUACCCGGAAACGUAAAGAACUUGCUAGUCCCUAUUCAACUACAGACAAUUCUGAUAUUCGAAAGCGCAGAGAACCUGCUAAUUCCCAUCAGACUAUAGAUACCUCUGAUGCAUUUUCUACUCUAUCAUAUGUUGAAGACGAGUAUUCUUUUGAUAAAAAGAAUCAGAACAACACAAACAACACCGGAGAAUCCGUUCAGUUCAAGUCAUUGGAUGCAAAUGAAGUUACACGUGGUUUGCUACUUGGUGGCCAACAAAGUGUGUUAGAGUUAAAGCAACGAUUUGAUGCGAUCCGUAUUGAAUCCAUACUAUGCUAUCCAAUUGUCUUUACACCUUUUCACGAUCUUGGAAGCAACAAUCAGUCCUCGAUUAUAAGCAGCAAAGGGUAUUUUGCUCAAUUAUCCUUCAACGACCACACAGACUUUAUUUCAAAAGGUGGAUUCAAAACAGCACAUAGUGCCUUGUUGGAAUGGACAUCUGCAAGUCCUUCUGGCCUCCUUGGAUCAUGGUUGACGUCUCCAAUCUCUAUUGCUAUGAAGCGGCUAUAUACCCAGAGAAAGGAUCCUAAAACUGGCGCUAUGGUUCUCAAACGGUUCGCAUAUGCCGAUGAAAGCAUCAAGACUUUGAUGGAGGCCACUUCUCUCGCCUAUGCAGACUCUAUUUUACAAUUUGCAUACGGUUUUAUUAACAACUUUCUCAAUAAGCAGGGCAGCAAUCUCGAUUCGGAUGAUCUUCCCUUUUCAAUUCCAAAGCUUCGAUUUGUUAAGGCAUGCAUUGCUUAUUCAUUUGGAAAAGGCAAACAGCAAGCAGCCUCAACAUCCUACUCCGCAGCCUAUCUUCUCGAAGAACUCAUCCCAACAGAACUGCCUUUUAUCAAGUACAUCCAUAAUGCAGACGCCGUUCCACUUCUUGAAGAAAGCGAGCCAGGAUAUGACACAUCAAAGUUCCUUUGCUUUGUUCAGCAUGUGCAGUUUGUCGAGUCUCAUGGUCAAGUUUUUCUCUCAGACUUUCAAGGCGCUGGAGACUUGUUGACGGACCCACAGGUUAUGACCCAUCCCAAACUUAAAGACGGCAAUGGCAAUCCAUUGCAAAAUCUCUUUGGUGAAGGCAAUGUUGAAGAAGCAUUCAUGAAAUUUCCAUCUCAGCACAAAUGCAACGAGUACUGCACUUGGUUUGAUCUGGAGCCCAUCAAUACAGAAUAG